UUGUACACGGAAAAUUUGCGAAAAUGUAGAUUUUGAAGAUUAAAAAUCUAAAAAAGUUGACUUUGAAAUAGCACUAACAUGGCAGAAGAUUUGAAAACACGAAUUCAAGAUACCCUUGAGAGGGUUUUUGGCCACAAUUGCUUCCGAUCUUUGCUUCAGGAGAAGGCUGUAGAAAUGGUUGCAAAGGGUCGUUUGGAUGCAUUUAUUUCAAUGCCAACAGGUGGCGGCAAGUCACUCUGUUUCCAGUUACCAGCAGUCAUAUCAAACGGUGUGACGAUUGUCAUAUCUCCACUCAUUGCUCUCAUACACGAUCAGCUUGAAAGCCUUCACAAUCUCGGGAUUCCUGCAGAUACGAUAAAUUCAAAAAUGUCAACACAGAACCGAAAACGUGUGACGGACGAUCUACAAAGUUCCACACCAAAACUAAAACUUGUUUAUAUCACGCCAGAGCAAGCGGCUACAACAACAUUCCAAGCAAUUCUAAACAUCCUGAAAAAUCGAAAAUUGCUGCGGUACUUUGUCGUGGAUGAAGCUCAUUGUGUGUCACAAUGGGGUCACGAUUUCCGUCCGGACUAUCUUAAACUUGGUGCUCUCAAACAGACUCUUGGUGUUCCCUGCAUAGCCCUUACUGCCACAGCAACACCACAUGUGGAGGAAGAUAUCAUCAAAUCGUUAAAGUUGAAAAAUCCUAUCGCAAGGUUCAAGUGCUCAGUAUUUCGACCAAAUCUUUUCUAUGACGUUCGAUACAAGGCUUUAUUACACGAUCCAUACGAGGACUUGAAAGCAUUUGCGUUAUCAUCGCUUGGAAUCGAGGGACGAUUAAUGGAAGACAUUGACUGGAAUGAAAAAGGUUGUGGUAUUGUCUAUUGCCGGACCCGUGAAGCCUGUGCAGAAGUUGCCAGCCGCUUAAGUCGAAAGAAGCUUCCAUCAAAACCAUACCAUGCAGGACUUGGGACAGACGUACGGCGGGAGACUCAAGAUGAUUGGAUAAACGGGAAGGUACCUGUGAUAGUUGCGACGAUCAGUUUUGGCAUGGGAAUCGAUAAAGCUAAUGUCAGGUUUGUUGCUCACUGGACCACACCCAAGUCCAUGGCUGGUUAUUACCAAGAGUCAGGUCGUGCCGGACGAGAUGGCUUGACAUCAAACUGCCGCCUGUACUACUCGACUGACGAGAGGAACACAGUUGCAUUUCUGCUCAAACAAGAAGCGCUUAAACCCCAUGGACAAAUUGGUGGGAGUGAUGUUCGGAACAAAGCUGCACAGAAAGGUUUUGAAGCCAUUGUUAACUUUGCAGAGGAGCCACAGUGCCGACAUGGAGCGAUAGCAGCGUAUUUUGGUGAUAAAUUACCCAAGUGUAACAAGUCAUGUGAUUACUGUAAGAAUCCUCUUAGUGUGGAGAAAGAUCUGGAGGACCUGAAGCGUGGUGCCUACGGCAAGGCCACGGCCAAGGCAAAGAGUUCAACGAUGAUUGUGGUCGAGUCAGAAGAGCCCGACCCCAGUCUUUACGGUGGAGGACGCAAAGGUGCUAAAGAGGAGUUCAAUGACUCAUCCUCUGAGGAAGAGAGUAGCUAUUACCGAGAACGGGAUGCGGCAGACAGGGAAAAGAAAACAAGAGACAAGUUGAUAGGAGAUGAGUUUAAGAAGCGCAAGGGGGGUGGAGGUACACCAAAGAAGACGUCAGAUUUUGUAAUGCCUGAUGAAGACUGCCCACUGCGAGAUGCAGCUAGUCAAAAGAUUAUUAACUUAACAGUCAAGGGUCGAGAAUACUGCCUGAAGCUCCUUGAAGAUGCAUUAAAAUCAAACUAUAUGACAUACUUUGAGGGAAACAGUUCAAAACUUGCCUGUGCGGACUAUGAACCACGAUGCUGUGCAAUAGACAUGGAGUACGACAUAUUCAAAGUGAACAAACUAUUGAAUAUCUAUCGUGCGGGAAUCAUGAAAAAAGUUGGCGAGAUAAAAAAGUUGACAGAAAACCGAGAAAUCCACGAGAUGAUGAUUCCAAAAGGAGGAAGCGGGAUUGGUUUGACCUCUGCAGCAGAUCUUGCAAAAGACUUGGCGAAUGAUGCUGCAAAAUGUUCCGAUGCAAAUUUACCGGGUGGAAGUACAAGUAUGGCGAGCCGUAGUUCUGAUAUUAGUAGCCCGCAAAGUGCCGCUGGGUCAAUCAGUCGAGAGAGCGUUCUGAACUCAAGUCCAGGUGUUGUGACGCCCAAUAGUCGAGAUGUGGAAGGCGGAGACUCGAAUGAGAAACCUCACUCCCCAUCGUUAUCUGAUGCAAGUACCCCGGUAAAGGACGAACUAAUACCACUAGGCAGUGCUGGUUAUUUACCGGGGAUGGAAUCCGUAUCGAUGCAUAAGCAACUCUCAAAAAGUCCACGGUAUAAUUUUCUACACAGAGACAGUGACGAUCUAGUCAGUCCGCGGUAUAACUUUAUGAAUACUGGUCAUAAUUUUGUGAAUAUGAAUCGUGAGCAAGUGAUGUUCCCGGAGAAGCCUCCAAUGAAGGAGGGCUCCAGCAUUGUGGGUAUUACGUCAAGUAUUCGGGAAACGAUCGUUAAGGAGGUCAAGAAGGAGAUCUAUAAAGAUGAGAUGCAGAGGAUUAUUCCUAAAAUAAACUAUUUCUUUGAGAAGAUGCCGGGAGAGUCGGGGGAUGGUGACGAUUCUAAUGACCGAAGUAACGGACACCAAAAACAUGAUGAAGCCAACAGGAAGGUCAGAUUUGAAGAGGAUAAUAAUAUCCCGCCAUCAAAGCGUCGUCGAACAAGCAGCUCGGGUAAGAAGUCAUCCAAGUCUCACCCAUCUUUACCACCAGAGCCAGAGGCUUGUGAUAGAAAAUAUGCGGCGGAUCAAAUUGUGCGCUAUCUGACACCAUUUUAUAAGGAGGGCAAGUUCUCCUCGAAAGAAGUGUUUAAGAAAGCUGCCAAAGUCCUGACGGAAAAGUUAAUGAAGACAAAAUCACUGACUGAGGAUAAUGCUAAGCCGUUUGCCAAAGACCUCGUGAACAAGUUAAUGAAGAAGAACAAAAAGGUGACAGAAACCACUAAUAUGGAGAAGAUAUAGACUUGUGAACAAGUUAAUGAAUAAAAACAGAGAUCUAGACUUUGCAUUUUCACAGACUUCUUGCAUUUUUACCUGCAGAUGAGAGUUGUUUUUGCUGCAGACACCAGCAGUUAUAGUUGUACAUGUAGGUCACAGUGAUCUAAAUUGUUCUUUUCAAGGUGCUUACAGUAGACGGCACGGCACACCAGGCAGGCAACUUUUCUUUAGAACUCUCGCACUUUUAAAAAUUUAAUGCCAGUUAAUAUGUACAAUCACGUGAGCUUGGGGCCUCUUGUUUUUUUGUUGUCUUUUGUCUUGUCAGUUAUAUGAGAAUUAGAAGCCUCGCUCAAAAGUUACAUGUGUGGCAAGUCAUUAUUCUUAUGUAAUUCUUGAUGUUUUUUUCGUACAUGUUAGUCGAUGUGUUUAUUCAUAUUGCUGAAACCAAAUAUGCAUAUACUUGCUGAAACCAUUAUCACAAUCAUAGCAAACCCAGGCUUGUGCUUAAUGACAAACCUUUUUGAAACAAAGAAACCAUAUCGUUACCGAGUCGUACAGAGACAGAUUCUCCUGUAUUUGUAUUUCCAUGUGUCACAAAUUAGUCUUCUGAGGACAGAGUCACAACCAGAAGGCUUUUUUGCUUUGGUGGUAGAAUGUUAAUCUUUUUUUGUUGCGUAGCCACCCAAAGAUUUCCUUAAUAGUACAAGUAGUACAUAUGUAUUAAUUUCUUUGGCUUUCGGUUGCCUGGGCAGUUGUCGAUGUUUUAUGUUAGGACU